AUGUCGUUUUCUCAAUUAUCAUGUUCAGAUUCAAUUAUUUGCACAGCUAUUCUAUGUUUGGAAUCAAUUGUUUUAAAAUAUUCAUUUUUUAAUAUAACAAAAUGUAUUCCAUCAUCACUUAAUUUAGAUUCAAAUCUAUAUUUAAUACCUCAAUAUAAUAAUUAUUCAAAUAUUGAAGAGAAAUAUUUCACUAAUGGUUUUAUUUGUUCAUAUUGUACACGAAAAAAUUUUCUACAAUAUAAUUCAAAUAGAUUUGAUAAAUGUUCAAAAUAUAUAACAAAGAUUGAAUUAAGAAAUUUUUGUCAAUAUUCAUUUCUAUAUAGAACAAAAGAAAAUAUAUGUCAAUGUUUAUUAACUAAUCAAACUAUUCAACCAAUUAAUAAAUGGAUUAAAACUUUUGUUAAACUUGGUAAAAGUCAUAUGAAUCCAAUUCGAGUUAAUAAUAUAAAUAAAUCAUCUGGAAAUUUUAUAUAUUUUCUAAUUAGUUUUAUUAUUUUACUUAUUUUUUUCGGUGGUAUCAUUGCAAUGAUAUUUUAUUGUAUUAAAUUAAAAUUUAUUCACCUAUGA